AUGGAGACGGCAGCAAGGCGUGACCACAGAUGGGGGCGUAUCGCAAGGUUCGAUCAAGUUUCAACAUGCACCGCUGAAGAUGGGCUGAAGUGGGCUAUUGGGCAUCCUCAUCUCUCGCCGUUGUCCACAGACUACGGAUACACUCGAAACCUCUAUGUAGGGAACGAUUUGGCUGUCCAGCCUCACCAGCGCCCUUGGAGUCGGGACGCUUUCGUCCAGAUUAACAUACGAGUGACCAGAAACGCAUCUGCACAGCCAAGCUCGCCAGUCACCACAGCACAGCAUAGCUCGCUAUCUACCUACCUUAUUAUGGCCCUCUCUCCUGCACACCUGUUGCACCGGUCGUGGCUUUGA